GCCUUCCCGUGUGGGGUCUGCUUCCACAAGUCUAGCCACGGAGAGCAAAGCAGAAGGUAUGCAGCCAGUUAGCGCCUGGCCCCCAAGAGACAAGGCACAGGAAGUGGACAUUCCUACCCGCCUACCAUUCCAAACACACCUAUCAGAUGAAGUCACUUCGCUCCAAGGCAGGAGGACAUGAGGGGUGGAGGGAGGCCAGAGCUGGUUUACUGGAGGUCUGUCCGCAUGCAAGGAAAGCUCCUGAGUGGGCAUGACCACCCCACCCACCCGACGGAGGGAGAGGCAGAGAGCACAUAAAAGCUGGGCAAAUCCAUCAUCCUGUAAGGUUGCCCUCCCAGUCACACCAAAGGCACACGACACAGGGCCACGCCGCUCCAGCCCCAGCUCAACUCCUGCACCUCUUGGCCUAGCCAGUCACUCAAAAGAAUAUUGAGCACCGACUGUGCACCAGGGAAUCGGUUAGUGGGAAAGCAAAAUGACAGGAAGCCCAAGAUAACCACGGCCUGAGCAAGUUGGGGUUGGGGUUUUCCUUCAUGAAAUAGUCCAAGUGGGUGAUGCGGGGCUGAUAGGUGGUCAAGGGCCCAGCCUCCAUUCAGUCUGGCCCCUGCUGUCAUGGCCUCUGUUCCGGAUGCCCCUCAUGACCCCAGGCAGCCACGUCAGCUCCAGCCCUCGUGUCUUCAUCUCAGUCACGAGGGAGGAGGACAGUUCACUCACCACUUGUGCCUACCCUCCACUGGCCACAACUAAGUCACGUGGUACAUCCAGUGUGAAGGCACCUAGGAAGACCGCCGCGUUCUGGGCAGCUGCGUGCCCUGCUAACAUUCAGGGGUUGUGUAUCUGAGGAAGCAGGGAGAACCGCUACUGCGGGACAGCACCCCGGGAGAACGGGGGAGGACCAUGCCCAUGACCGGUCCUUCCAAACCGCUGAGGUCUCAGAGGGACAGCAGAAGGUGAACUUGGAGUUUUAAAUGGGACUGGACUCACUUUUUAAAAGCUGGCAAUGACCAGGAAAGCUAAAAGGUCUGUGUGAGGUCUCAGCAUAUGGGUGACAGCCAUGGUUAUGAACUGUGUGUCCCCAAAUUUACAUGUCACAGCCCUAACACCCAGGACCUUAGAAUGUGACUGCAUUUGGAGACAAGGCCUUGGAAGAAAUGAUUGCAUUAAAAUGAGGGAGAGCCCUGAUGCAGUCUGGCCUGUGUCCCUCUGAGGGGAGGAGGACACAGACACACACGGAGGGACGACCUUGUGGGAACACAGAGAAGACGCUGUCUCCUAGCUCAGGGGGAACCAGCCCUACCAGCACCUCGAUGUCAGACUUGCAGCCUCCGGGUAUGAGGCAUUAAGUCCCCACGGUGCCAGCGUGGGCUGUGGCACCCUGUUACGGCAGCCCCAGCAAAGUCGUGCUGCGUGGCCGGAAACAGUAACCUAACUGCUGUGCCCCCCCGGGAUCCCAGGCUGUCAGGGGUUUGGGGCACACAACUCCAAGGGCAGCGUGGGCGGGGAUGACCCCUCCCGGAGUAAGUGACACCUAAAGCUAGACCCAGGGAUCCCACCAGGGAAGUGGAGAUGGAGCAGGACGGGCUCCAGCCCCGGGCGAAGGGCGGGGAGAGAUGGGGUCUCACAAGCCAGGUCGUCCAGGGUGCAGGGUCUGAGCUUGGGGUGGGGUGAGGGAAUGGGGAGAGAUGGGAAGUUUUAGGAGGCUCAGUGGAGGACAGCCUGGGGGUGUGGAGGGGAUGGGGAGAGUACGGGGGCUGGUGUGGGGUACAGUGUCAAACCACCACAAAUCACUUUCCUGUGGACCCUCCAUCCUAGCAGUGCUCCUGAGCAGAGAGUAGCCAUAAGACUCACGCACCCAGAGGACAGCCCCAAGGCUCGCUAGCGCCAGGGGGUGGGGGCAGGGCGGGCCGGGAGCUCCAGCGUUCCCUGAACUGGACAUCGAGAACCUCAGCCCCCAUCACAAUGGGCCGAGAUUCCGGGGACAAUUGGAAGUGCGUGCAGUUCUGCUGAGCAGGCCCAGCACAGGGAGGGCGGGAGGUGCAGAGGGUCCCUGGAGGACCCUGGGGGCCACCAUGAAGAUGCGUAGCGAGGCAGACGUGGACAAGCAGGUCCAGGAGCUGAAGACAAUUACUCGGCUCCAAGAGCAAUGUCGGGCACUGCAAAUCCAAGCGGUAAAGGAGAAGACUGCCAAAAACAAAGCCAUGCUGGCUCUCCUGCGCAGCAACAUCCGCCGAGGGGCCCAAGACUGGGCUUUGGCCAACAAGUAUGACCAGCGGACCAUUUCCAAGGCUUGCGGGAAGGACGUGUCCAUGAGGCUGGCGCACUGCCGCAGCUCCAUGCAGGUGGCGCGGGAGAAGCUGCGAAAGUACGUCUUCGACCGCGUGAACGUGCACAACGUGCUGAUUGACCUGGCGCGGCGGCGGGGGCAGAAGCUGGAGAGCAUGCGGCUGGAGCUGGCCAGCCUGAGGAGCCAGCCGCACGCUACCAAGGAGGAGCUCCGCAUGCGGCAGGUCAUCCGCCAACUGGAGAACAAUAUUGAAAAGACCACGGUCAAGAUCGCCACAAGCCAGAACAUGCACCUGCUGUACGUGGACCUGCUGCAUCAUCUGAAGAAAGAGCUGGCAGGAUACCCCACAGAGCUGGACAAGCUGCAGACUCUUGUGGGUGACUACUGCUCAGAACUGUCAGAUAUGACAAUCAUGUCCCAGGACGCCAUGAUGAUUACAGAUGAGGUCAAGAUGAACAUGCGGCAAGGGGAGGCGACUUUCAUCGAGGAACGCAGGGCUCGGGAGAACUGGCUCAAUCAGCAGAAGAAGUUGAUUGACAAGAUCCACACGAAGGAGACCAACGAGAAGUUCCGCAGGGGCCGGCAGGAUUUGGACUUCCCCUCCAAUCUCAUGGGUACAGAAACUGUGAAAGUGAGGAAAAGAGAGACGUCCAAGGCGGACAUUGAGUACCAGACAGAUGUGACUGCUUUAGUGGAGAAAGUGAAGACGGCUGUGCGGUGCUCCCACCUCUGGGACAUCGCUGGCCGGUUUCUGGCUCAGAGGAGCACCGGGGAGAACCUGGAGCUGCAGAUGGAGGACUGUGAGGAGCGGCGGGCGAAGCUGGAGGCUCUGAUGAAGCAGCUGGAAGAGGAAGAGACGAUGCUCAAGUUCCGCAAGACGCCCGGCUCUGUCAGCUUCAAGUCCGUGGAGAAGAGAAUGAAGGACAUGCUCAGAGAGGAGGAAGAGAGACUCCAGCUGGCCUACUCCAGCAUGACCAAGAGCCAGAAACUGCUGCUGACCAUCCAGACAGGCAUUGACAACCUCUUCAUACGGCUGAUUGGCAUUGCCCUGCCCACCGCCCAGGUACCAGCUGCGGUGGGUGGAGCGCCUGCCCAGAGUCCCUGGGAGAAGCCAGAGGAGAGACGGGACCCUUCUCCUGGCCUACAGAAAGAAGUGGGGCUCUCCGACAGCCUCGAUGUGUUCGGCAAGCUGGCGUACUGCGAAGCAAAGCUGCUGUACCUGGCUGACAGAGUGCAGACGCUGUCCAGCACCCAGGAGGUCGACGCAAAAGUGAGGGAUACCCUGGAGACCUCGACGCUGAAGGAGAAGCAGAACACCAGGAUCCGCUUUGAGGACCCGGAAGAGGAUAUGAUAGAAACCUUCCAGUUCGCAGACGUGGACCACAGCUACGUCCCCUCGCGGGCCGAGAUCAAGCGGCAGGCCCAGCGGCUGAUCGAGGGGCGGCUCAAGGUGACCAAGAAGAAAAAGAAGUAACCCCGAG